AGGAUUUGGGGCGACCAGCUGCAUCUAUAUCUUAAUAGCAGGAAAAAUAACACAGUUUAACAGAUUUAGUGCAUGCCGUACAAAGGACCAGUGACCUGGUUUAGCUGGCUUUCUUAACAAGGUGGUUGGCAGAGCACUGAUCUGACUAAGUAUGGGCGUAACGUUGUUGUAUUUUUGAAGUAAACCUGCAGCGUUAAGCGUCUUCCCAGAACUGUUGUUCUGUUGGCUUACCAACAUAAUGUAAUUUGCAUUUGAUCUAAUUUAGCUGUUCUUAAUUCGUCCUGAAUACUUGUUUCGCUUUCGUUCGUGAGUCUUUCUGACACAUAUGACUGAUGAUCACGAAGCUAUUUUUAUCAUCGCUGAUGUAUAUCUAAGACGUUCCUUGAUCCGUUUCGGUUUUCUCAUUACCUUCAUAUAAGUUUGUGGUAAUAAUCAAGGGCGAUGCUAGUUAAGGGGCUCCCGGGGGGCACAAGCAGAGUCAACAUGAAGCUGUACAGCCUGAGUGUCCUUUACAAAGGAAUUAAUAAAUCCAACUUGCUCAAAGCUGCGUAUGAUCUUUCUUCCUUCAGCUUUUUCCAAAGGUCGAGCGUGCAGGAGUUCAUGACGUUCACAAGCGCCCUCAUCGUGGAACGUUCUUCAACCGGGACACGUUCCUCCAUCAAGGAGCAAGAGUACCUGUGCCAUGUGUACGUCAGGAACGACUCCCUGGGCGGUGUCGUGAUUGCGGACAGUGAAUAUCCAUCGCGAGUGUGCUUCACGUUGCUGGAUAAGGUGUUGGAUGAGUUUUCCAGGCAGGUGGACAGCAUAGACUGGCCAUCUGGUUCUCCAGCCACCAUCAGCUACACGGCCUUGGACAGCUACCUCGCCAAGUACCAGAAUCCACGAGAGGCCGACGCUAUGACCAAAGUGCAGGCGGAGCUGGAUGAGACCAAAAUCAUUUUGCACAACACGAUGGAGUCUCUCCUGGAACGAGGGGAGAAGCUGGAUGACCUCGUGCAGAAGUCGGAGCAUCUGGGCACACAGUCCAAAGCCUUCUACAAGACGGCGCGGAAGCAGAACUCCUGCUGCGAGGUCAUGUGAUGGAGAUGGACAAUCUCGCUAGGCCCUGCCCCCCCCCCCCCCCCCUUCCACAGAUACCACUGUUACCGCAAAGGUCCUGGAAACCUGCAGCCAUUUCCCGGGGCUCAUGAAGCAGCCAGUCUGGGACUUAGCGGUGGACUGGUGGGAAAAAUCUACAUCUGAGGUCCUGAGGGGGGGUGGGG